AUGGCGGAGGCUUGGUUUCCAAAAACAUCAGAGGAGUGGCAAGAAAUAGCUUAUAAUAUUGAAACCAGAUGGAACUUUCCUAAUUGUGGAGGAUCUAUUGAUGGUAAACAUCUGCGAAUUGUUAAACCAGCCAACAGCGGGUCAUAUUUUUUUAACUACAAAGACUAUCACAGUAUAGUUCUCAUGGCCCUUGUUAAUGCUGAUUACGAAUUCAUAUAUGUUAAUGUAGGCUGUAAUGGGCGAGUUUCUGAUGGAGGGGUCUUAGAAUAUACAAAAUUUUACGAUAAACUUAUAGAAAAAAAGCUAAAUUUGCCUUCUAAUGACGUAACAAAGCAUAAUUUAAAUUUCGUUUUUGUGGCAGAUGAUGCGUUUGCAUUACAUGAAAAUAUUUUAAAACCUUUCCCGGGAAACAAUUUAACAAAAGAAGAAUCUAUUUUCAAUUAUAGACUUAGCCGUGUGCGCCGCACGGUUGAGAACGCGUUCGGUAUAUUAGCUAAUCGCUUUCGAGUAUUCCAUACUCCAAUUAAUAUGCAACCUGACAAAAUUGACAAAAUUGUACUAGCAGCUUGCGCGUUGCAUAAUUUUUUGAGACGUUCUAAAACUUCAUAUAUAACGAGAAAUGAUGUUGACACCGAAAUUAUUGACACAGGGGAUAUAAUAAGGGGAGACUGGAGAGCAGAAAGACCAUUAGAUAAUUUACAACCAGGAUAUGGUCGUAAUGCUUCACGUGAAGCCAAAGAAAAUAGAAAAGUGACAUAUGAGAUUGACGAUAAUUAUCAAUCUGAAGUUGCUUUUUUAGAUUAUUUAAAAGGUGUCAUCAGUUAA